AUGGCCUCUAAUCACACCUUGCCACCAAAGCCAAUGCCGCUUCAGAUCAAAUCUAAAAAUGGAGGCAACAAACCAAACUACAUAAUCUUCAUGCCGGAUCAACUCCGCUACGAUUCGCUAGGAUGCACCACCAGCCCUGAUGGCAGCAGCAGCAACUCGAACAUCCAAACGCCCAACAUCGACGCCUUCCGGCGCCGAUCCACGCUCUUCACUAACUGCUUCUUGCAGGCGUCAGUGUGCUCGCAGUCGCGCUGCAGCAUGUUCACAGGCACGUACCCACACGUCAGCGGUCACCGCAGCCUCCAGAACCUCAUCAAACCCUGGGAGCCCAACCUGUUCCGCAGCCUGAAAGAGGACGGGUACCAUGUCGCCUGUCUAGCGCCCAGGGGUGACACCUUUGCGCCUACCGUGACGGAACUCAGCGUCACUGAAUACGGGUUCCUCGAGACGCCCGAUUUCAUGCCCAAGUUUGCGGGCGGCAACAUGCCUCCGGCGCUCGAUUACGACGAGGCCGUCAUAAGAUCUGCGCUGAAAUGGCUGGAGUGUCCACCCGAUGACAAACCCUGGGUCUUGUUCAUGCCGCUGCUUUUUCCACACUGCCCGUUCCAGGUCGAGGAGCCAUGGUUCUCCAUGUACGAGCGCGAGAAGAUGGGGGCCGUGUUGAGCAAGCCUGAGAGCAAAACGGGGUAUGAGCCGCGGUAUAUGCAGACGAUCCGCGAGCGGUACGGGACAGGUCAAGCAAGCGACGAGAUAUGGCGCGAGAUCAAGGCCACGUACUACGGCAUGAUCUCGCGGCUCGAUGAGCAGUUUGGUCGCGUCAUCAAGAAGGUCGACGAACUAGGUUUAUGGAAGGAUACCGUCACCCUGUUCUUCACCGACCACGGUGAGUACCUGGGCGACCAUGGCCUCAUCGAGAAAUGGCCUUCCGGUCUCUCGGAGACGCUUGUCCACGAACCCAUUCUCAUCGGCGGUGCGGGCUUGCCAGAGAACCAAACCGUCAACGCAAUGACCGAGAUGGUGGACCUCAUCCCCACCAUGUUCGAGCUUUCGGGCAUCGGCGAACACUUCUCGCACAACGGCAAGUCAUGGGUUCCCCUUCUAUGCGGCGACGCAAAAGAACAUAAGAAAUAUGCCUUCUCCGAAGGCGGCUUCCUGACCUCUGAAGAACCGCUCCUGGAACAGUCGCCGUACCCGUACGACAUCAAGGCGGCGCUGCAGCACGAGGAUACUGAGCUCGUGGGGAAGGCGAUAUCUAUGAGGGACCAGAGGUGGACCUACGUGUACCGACUUUAUGAACCCGCCGAGCUGUAUGAUCGUGUGGCUGAUGUGCAUGAGAUGCAUAAUUUAGCAGCGGAGCCGGAGCAUAAGGAGCUUAUUGGGAGACUUGAGAAGGAGGUAUUGAGGUGGUUGGUGGAGGGGAGUGAUUUCUUGCCUUGGGACAAGGAUGUGAGGUUUCCGAAGGUGGAAUUGAGGAGUCCCCGGGAGCAGAUGGAGGAGAGGCUGAAAAAGGCGGCGCGGAAGUAG